UUUAGAGGACACGGUUUCUAUUUGGGGACGGACGCUUACUUUGCUUGCGUACAUCAGAAAAGAGACGAAACAUGGACGCAGUUUGUUGAUUGCUCCACCAAUUUGCCUAUAAACAUAGUUUUAUCCAUUUAAUCUGUAGUUUCUGUCGUUUAAGGCCAAACCAGUCGGUCGGUAUGCCUCUGUCGGAUCGGUCGAGCUCUGACGGCGGCGGGGGGCCUCGGAGUCCUCGGGCCCGGAGACCACGGACUCGCUCCCGUAGCCGCCAUCGUAGCGAUAGCCGCGAACGGAGCCUGUCCCCGGACAGCUUUGGGCCCAAACUCCCGAAGCCGCGGAACCGGGAGAGGGAACGCGAGGAGAGGGAGCGUCGAUUCCGAGAGGCGAGAAAUAUCAGACGAAUCCGUAUUGGAAGCCCCCGCCGCAGUCGGUCCCGUUCUAGGUCCAGAUCCAGGUCUAGGUCUAGGUCCAGGGAGCGUCACAACAACAACACAAACAACAGCAGUCACAACCACUGGUCCGAGCAGCGGGACGCUCCAGGAAAGCACGGCAGCUUUAAAGAUGAAUACUACUACGAACAGCAGCGGGACGACGCUCAGAGACAGAGACAAGAGGCCUUCAUCGCCAGGCGUCUGCAAGAGAGGGAGAGGAUCGGCGAGUUAGGUUGUCCUGAAGUUUGGGGAUAUUCACCAAGAGUGAAAGAACCAGACUCUGAUGAAUUCACACCAGUUGAAGAAGAUGAGAAAAACAGCAGCUCAGAGUCAAGCUCAGAAGCAGAAGAAAAGAAGAAGAAAAAGAAGAAGAAGAAGAAAUCCAAGAAAAGAAAGAACAAAAAGCACUCAGAGGACAGUGAGCUGGAAUCAGAAUCAGAUGAAGAAGAAAUAAAGAAGAAGAAAAAGAAAAAGAAGAGCAAAAAGUCCAAGAAGUCCAAGAAGAAGAAGGCGAAGAAGAGUCGUAAGGAGUCCAGCGACUCCAGCAGCGUGGAGUCAGAGGAGGAGGAGGAGGAGGAAGAGGAUAUCAGUGGGGUGAUGUGGGUUGAGAAAACCUGCAUGGACGAGCACUUGGUCGGCCCCGAAGCGCCGCUCACCCACAUGUCCCAGGACGACAGGCCUUUGGAUUUUGGUCACGCACUGUUGCCAGGUGAAGGUGCUGCGAUGGCGGAGUAUGUGAAAGCAGGCAAACGUAUCCCGAGAAGAGGAGAGAUCGGUCUCACCAGUGAUGAGAUCGCAAACUUUGAGAAGUCUGGUUACGUGAUGAGCGGCAGCAGACAUCGUCGUAUGGAGGCCGUGCGUCUGAGAAAGGAAAACCAGAUCUACAGCGCAGACGAGAAGAGAGCUCUGGCAUCUUUCAACCAGGAAGAAAGGAGGAAGAGAGAGAGCAAGAUCCUGUCAAGCUUUAGGGAAAUGGUGUACAGGAAAACCAAAGGCAAGGAAGAGAAGUGAAAGUCAUGUUUCCACAGUUUUCUUUCAGAUCACCUUUACUUUUUUUUCCUGUGACCUCAGUUUUAGGGUAAUGUACAGUUUGGGUUUUAACUGUAAAGAAAUGUGUAUAAGUGAGAGUCUGACAAGUGUUAAGUUGUGUUAUUUGUCUCUAUCCUGUUUAUUUACUGGAACUAGUCUUUAAUUUCCAUCUGUUCAAACAUUAUUUUCUUCUGUAAAUUUUACGUGUAAUCAGAACAGUAAAUAAAUUUUCAUUACCAAG